AUGAAAGUAUUGUCAUCACCACACAACUUUUUUGUUUUUGUAAAAGAUCCUCAUCAUACUUUCUAUGAAGAAUUUGUGGUCAAGAAGAACACGGAACAUUCAACUGUUUCAUCUGAACCAUUGGAUUAUUGCGGAAAUAACCAUGACCAAAAGGAAUUGCACAUGUUUUUGAGAGAACACAAAAUUAUUGGAAUUUGUGGAGGAAAACCAAAUGAUGGUGAGAGAAUGGAAGUAGGUUAUGCUCUCGAUGAAGCAUUUCAAUCACAUGGAAUUGUCACCAAUACUUUGAGAGUCCUUAUUGAAAGAGCUUUUCGUACUGUGGAAACUCUGCAAGAAAUUGAAAUUGUUUGUCUUGCUUCGAAUCUGAGAAGUUCACAAGUGGCUCAUCGAUUGAAUUUUGUCUUGAAUGACGAGAAAUCCAAAAAGGCCUCAUUGAAGGAGAAUUGCAAUUUGCAAGUGUAUGUUUUGAAGCGAAGUUAUUAG